UAGAGGGUAGGGAGUAGUGAAUGAGAGAGGAUUUCGGACACAGCCUCUUAUUUAACGGCCCCAUCUCCACCGCCUGGCUGUGGCGUCACCUGGAAGUAGUCACGCCGGGCGGGAUGACCGGAACAACAAGAUGGCGGAAAAUGAGGAGUUUCGGGAGUCAGUCCUGUAACACAGACUUCAGUCUGUUGACUGGUGAAGCAGCUGUGUGGCACGACACCAAACCCAGCAUGAAUCUCCAGCAGCCAGCCCCUCUCAUCCCCCCCGUCCACCCGGAUGUGCAGAUGAAGCCCCUGCCCUUCUACGAUGUGCUGGACGUCCUAAUCAAGCCUUCAAGUCUAGGAGCAAGUUCUUCACAGAGGUACCACCAAGAAAAAUAUUUUAUCUUUGCCUUGACACCACAGCAAGUCCGAGAAGUAUGCAUAUCCAGGGACUUUCUACCGGGUGGCAGAAGGGACUACAUGGUUCAAAUCCAACUGAGGUUUUGCUUGUCAGAGACAAGUUGCCCUCAAGAGGAUAAUUACCCAAACAGUCUUUGUAUAAAGGUCAAUGGGAAACUUUUUCCUUUGCCAGGUUAUGCACCGCCACCAAAAAACGGUGUGGAACAGAAGAGACCAGGAAGACCUCUAAACAUUACCUCCCUCGUCCGACUCUCCUCUGCAGUACCCAAUCAGAUUUCAGUGACAUGGGCGCCUGAAAUUGGAAAAACCUAUUCGAUGUCUGUGUACCUGGUGAGGCAGCUGACAUCACCACUGCUCUUGCAGAGACUGAGGAUGAAGGGCAUCAGAAACCCAGACCACUCCAGAGCACUGAUUAAAGAGAAGCUGACUGCAGAUCCAGACAGUGAGAUUGCUACGACAAGCCUUCGAGUCUCACUUAUGUGCCCGCUGGGUAAGAUGCGACUGACUGUACCAUGCCGGGCGGUGACCUGCUCUCACCUGCAGUGCUUUGACGCUGCCCUCUACUUGCAGAUGAAUGAGAAGAAACCCACCUGGAUUUGUCCUGUGUGUGACAAGAAGGCUGCAUACGAGAGUCUCAUCAUUGACGGGUUAGUUAAACUAAUUCAACCACUUCACACAAAAAUGACCUGCUGUUGCUCAGGCAGCUGUACAUUCAGAUUUUGGUAGAUUGCCCAGUUUGUC